UGUUGAUGGGGCAAGUUGGUCGGUGUGGACAGGUUGGGCCGAAGGGCCUGUUUCCAUGCUACAAGACUAUGACUCCAUGAUCCUAACCUCUCCCUGCUGCCACAACCCAGUUGCAGAGUGGUUAACUUUUUCGAAGAGCUAGCACGGAAGAAAAGUGGGCCAAAUGGCCUACAGUGAAAUUUUGCAUUACCUGUGAAUGGACUAGGCAGUGAGACAUGGGCACUCCAAGGGUGAAGAGGCAGAUAGGGCGGAUGUGUGCUUUGUUCCCCCUCAGGUAUGGAGCUGUGCAGCGGCGUUCCUGCUCACUGUCUAAUCCCAUUUUCCCAUGUGUUUGUCGUGGACUCAGAGGUGAAGGGGUGUCCGGUGGCGAUGACCCCCAACGGCCACCUGGACCUGUCUCCCCAGAACCUAUCCAUCGGAUCGGGAAUCAUGACGUCAUCGCGGAUUUCACUGCAGCCCGAAGACUUCCGAAGCUUCACGGGCUUGAGGAAGAGCAGCAUGACCUCGCUGACCAAGGUCAACUUCGACCAGAAAUCAUUGGUAAGAACCGUGUGGAGAGUGGAGCUUAGAACGGCCCACCGCAGGAACAGGCCCUUCCACAACGGCUGUGCCGAGCAUGACGCCAAAUUAAACUAAAAGAACUUGGAAUUCACGGCACAGUGGCGCAGCGGUAGAGUUGCUGCCUCACAGCGCCAGAGACGCGGGUUCGAUCCCAUCUACGGGCGCUGUCUGUACGGAGUCUGUACGUUCUCCCCGUGACAUGCGUAGGUUUUCACCGAGAUCUUCAGUUUCCGCCCACACACCUAAG